AUGACUUCGUUCGUUAGGAAGUUGUCCAUGAACUUUGCCUCCCGCAAGGAGUCAACGCUAGUCGACGGACGAGGCGACUUCCUGGUCGAUUCAUUCUAUUCCGGUCAAACGGUGCAUGCCGGACAUUCUGGACAAGUGCUGGCAGAAAGGCUACGCAGCGUACUGGAGAACGACGAUACGUUGCACGGCGUCGACCAGCAUCACCGGAUCUUCUGCGAGAUGCUGUGCUUGCAAAAGAAGGAUGAAAUGCACUACAUGUGGGAAGAGAAGUCUCGUUGGAUCAAAUACGAGGAAACGGUCGAGGAGGGAGGAGCUCGUUGGAGCAAGCCGCACAUUACCCUGUUGAACAUGGAGAGCUGUCUCCAGCUGAAGGCCUGCUUCAAAAAGUCGGCCGUGUCUCUCGACGUCAACCUGACCACUUUUCAGGAUAUUGCAAGAUAUACUCUUGACGUCUGGAAUAAGCAGUGCGAUCUUCAGAAGCAAGAAUUGGCACCAUGCAAACGGGCGUUGAUGUCUAAAAAGCAACACCUGGGUAAACCGAAGGCAAUCGAGGGUAGCGGUAGCUUUAUUAAUGAAACAUGUUUCUGUACGUUUUGUUUGAUGAGCAAGGAAUGUCUUGGAUGUCUUUUUCUCGACGUCAUUUGA